AUGCCUCCGAGUCGUGUUUCCAAGAAGUCCAAGGAGCCUGCCCAAGGGUCUGGCGAUCCCCCUCGCUCAACUUUGGUGGAGAACCCGAGCACCGUUGACAACGACGCCGCUGCCGACGAUGACCUCAGUCCGCCAACCCAUGACGUAGGGCUCGAGGCCCUCCGUGUGUUCCUUGUGGCCAACAAUCUGGAGGUAGCCGAUCUCUGGUACUCAGACGACAACGACCUCCCCGACCUCGUUUUGAAAGUUCACCUUCGUCGCUUCCGCUCAGCGAGGCAAACCCCAACAGCUCCCGAUGCUGAUCGUGGUAUGCACACGGAAGAAGGGUGGUUCACGCCAAUAUCCGCAGUCUCCAGGCAAGCCUAUCCGUCAGCUCCAUUCACUGGUCCAUCUCCUACACCUACCUUCUCUAAGAGUUCUAGCAUGCUGCCGACGGUACCGGGUGAUGGGCGUAUACAUUCUGGUCAGCAUCAUUCUACAGGGGACAUGGUUUCCCAAGCCGGCCGUUCUUCCCUCGGCGAUCAUCUACACGAACGCCCUCGGCAUCCAGCUCACCAGAGAAUCGUCGACAAUGCCUCAUACCGUGGUUUAAAUUCUCUCUCGAAGGUUCCCCUUCCUGAGGGCGGCAAAUACCAUGGCCAGCAAGAUCCUCGACCUAUAAUCUGCAUUCUAUCAGAUAUUUCGUCGACGGCGGCAGACUUUCAUUUGGACGCCGUGUACAAACAGCUGAGCAAGCAUAUCCGUCGUCUUGGACUGUCUUCUGGUGACCCUGUCCAAAAACUACAGGAAGCUGACCAAUUCCUACGCAACCGGUACAAGACUACCAACAAUGACGGUAAAUUUGCUGCCAGAGUUGACGCCAUGAAGAUGGACAAAACUGAAAGCCCAGCAAGCUUCGUUGAACGUCUUCAAGCGCUCUUCGACGAAGGCGUAGAGAUCGGUAUCCAAUACACCCCCUACCAGGUGAAACAAUUAUUCCUCCAGGGACUCAUCCUGCGCCAUCGAGAGCAGGCAUGUUCGGUAUGGCCAAAAGUCAUCAACGUCAACAAGUUGGCUAAUCUCUUGACCGAUUGGAAUAGCCAAAGGCGAAGACAUGCCCAGAACGUGCCUGGCAACAUGAUGGCCACCGACGAAGGAGCAUCCUCUGUGUCCAUGGGUACCCCUGCGGUUCACAUCGAUAACAACAAUAUGGCUACAUCUCCAAUUCGCAGAGGGAACUGUUAUCGCUGCAAUAAGACCGGUCAUCGCUCUGGAGUGUGCCGUUCUCCUAGUGUCUUCAUGCUCAGCAAGCGAUGCAGUAAAUGUGGGGAUUUCGGCCACACCAUCGCAGACUGCAUGCGUACACUACUCACUCCAUGUCCACGUGGAACUCUCCACACAUGGCCAGACGUCUACUCCUCCGCCGACGACUAA